ACUACUUAGGCGGGCAACAAGAUGGCGGACUGGGCGACUGCGGCGUCUUAAAGACGUUUCUACGAUCCACCCGCCAUAUAUAUUCUCAAAGAUUCGUCUUUUUGAAGACCACGGAACGCAGGUUGAGUUUGCAGCGGUGGAGUGUUACCUGAAGUGAAGAUUGAAGACGUGAUAGAAGAUGGACGACUACUGCUAUGCUAAGAUGGCGACGUCCGCUAAAAGAGAACAUGAAAGAGAAUCAGCGCCACCAACUUCCAGCAAAUCACCAACGGAGAUAAACACGAAAGAUGAAGAUAAAAUUGAGCGAGUUAAAGUUUCCAACAACAUAAUUUUGGAGACUAUCGUAAACCCUGAAAAGAGCGUCGAUGAGAAAUUAGCCGAAUAUGUUGAAGAAUGUAAAGAAAGAGCCGCCAUGAUUGUUAGCUUGAAGAAGGCAGUGGAGUUCACAUCAGAGGAGAUGAAAGAAUGCAAAAGUCAAAUAAAGAAACUGGAAGAGCAAAACAAGCGCUUGUGUAAAGAAAAUAAUGAUUUGAAAGAAGAGAUGUUGGGGAAGAGUAAGAGAUGUGCAGUGUGUGAAGAGAAGACUGGACCACAUGUUUACAUCAACGUGCAGAGGAUUGGAGACGUCCAGCAGCUGAUCGGUAAUCCAGAAGAAGUUUCCCCUCAGUUAGGGGGGAGCUCCACUUUGAAGCAGGAGACUCCACAACCACCCUGCAUUAAAAAGGAAGAGGAAGAACUCUGCAUCACUCAGGAGGGAGAGUGUCUUCUAGGACGAGAGGAAGCUGAUUACACCAAGUUUCCACUGAGUAUUCUCUCUGUGAAGACUGAAGAUGAUGAAGAGAAACCACAAGGAGACAACCUCUUAGCUCCACUAUUAGAUCGUGAGGCUAAAGACGAGGUUGAAGAACCUUUAAGCAGCGAUACAGACUGUGAAGGUGAUAUGAGGACUCACACUGACAACAAACACUCUGAAUGCUCUACAAAGAAGAGAGGUAAAACAUGUUUGAGCUGCUCAGUUUGUGCUGAAAAUUUUACUAAAAAGAGCAGUUUGACUGAACACAUGAGAACACACUCAGGUGAAAAAACAUUCAAGUGUUCAGUUUGUGGCAAAAGCUUUUCUCAAAAUAGCUCUUUGACUCGACACAUGAGAACACACACAGGAGAAAGAACAUGUAAUUGUUCAGUUUGUGGCAAAAGCUUUUCUCGAAAUAGCUCUUUGACUCAACACAUGAGAACACACAGAGGAGAAAAACCAUGUAAUUGUUCAGUUUGUGGCAGAAGCUUUUCUCAAAAUAGCAAUUUGACUCGACACAUGAGAACACACAAAGGAGAAAAAACAUGUAAUUGUUCAGUUUGUGGCAAAAGCUUUUCUCGAAAUAGCAAUUUGACUCAACACAUGAGAAUGCACAAAGGAGAAAAACCAUGUAAAUGUUCAGUGUGUGGCAAACGCUUUUCUGUAAAGAGAACAUUGACUCACCACAUGAGAACACACACUGGACCAAAACCAUUUAAUUGUUCAGUUUGUGGUACAAGCUUUUCUUAUAACAGCUCUUUAUGUCGACACAUGAGAACACACGCUGGAGGAAAACCAUUGAGUUGUUCAGUGUGCUGUAAAAGGUUCACACAUAAUGCAGACGUAGUAAAACACAUAAAAACACACACUGGAAAAUAACCAAUUAGCUGUUUAGUUUGUGGUAUGUUGCUCAUAUGUGGUGACAUCCACCCUACCCAGGACCCUCCCAAAUGUAAAGAAAGUGAACAGUGUGUGAUUUACUGCAAUACUGUCGUCUUUUAAGUUUUCAUUUGUGCUUUGUUGAAAUUGUUCACACAUUGCACUGCUUUUAUUUUUCUAUCAAUACACAUUAUGCCUAGAAGACAGGAAGUAACUCAACACUUUUGAAUAGUUUCUACCUCAGUUUGUAUGGUUUGUUGAGUUAGCACAGGAUUAAUAUGUGGAAAUGACAAAUGAGGUAGUUGAUACAUAAAAUAGUUUUUAGUAGAGAUGUUUGAUAAUGGCUUUUUUGCCGAUAUCCGAUAUUCCCCAACUCUUAAUUACAGAUACCGAUAUCAACCGAUACCAGUUGUGGAAUUAACACAUUAUGCCUAAUUUUGUUGUGAUGCCCCGCUGGAUGCAUUAAACAAUGUAACAAGGUUUUCCAAAAUAAAUCAACUCAAGUUAUGGAAAAAAAGUGCCAACAUGGCACUGCCAUAUUUAUUAUUGAAGUCACAAAGUGCAUUAUUUUUUUAACAUGCGUCAAAACAGCAGCUUGGAAUUUGGGACAUGCUCUCCCUGAGAUAAUCCUGAUACCCACUACAACUAUGGGAAACACUGUAUAACUUUGACAUUCACAAAGGGCUUUUUUUUUAAAAACAUGCCUCAAAACAACAGCUACAAAAACAAUGAAGGCACACAGCUUCAGUCCAGAGUAUACUAUAAACUGGGCUUAAUCUGCCCUGUUCUUAACGUAUUCAUAUGAGUAACAAAAAUGUGCAAAUAAAAACAAGAAAGGCACAAAAAUAAAAAACUGCUUCAGUCUAGACUAUUAGAUAACACAGCCAUUCUUUAAAGUGCAUGAACAUUAAUAAAACUGCUUCAGUCUAGACUAGUAGAUAACACAGCCAUCCUUUAAAGUGCAUGAACAUUAAUAAAACUGCUUCAGUCUAGACUAGUAGAAAACACAGCCAUCCUUUAAAGUGCAUGAACAUUAAUAAAACUGCUUCAGUCUAGACCAGUAGAAAACACAGCCAUUCUUUAAAGUGGAUGAACAUUAAUACAACUGCUUCAGUCUAGACUAGUAGAAAACACAGCCAUCCUUCAAAGUGCAUGAACAUUAAUAAAACUGCUUCAGUCUAGACUAGUAGAAAACACAGCCAUUCUUUAAAGUGCAUGAACAUUAAUAAAACUGCUUCAGUCUAGACUAGUAGAAAACACAGCCAUCCUUUAAAGUGCAUGAACAUUAAUAAAACUGCUUCAGUCUAGACCAGUAGAAAACACAGCCAUUCUUUAAAGUGGAUGAACAUUAAUACAACUGCUUCAGUCUAGACUAGUAGAAAACACAGCCAUCCUUUAAAGUGCAUGAACAUUAAUAAAACUGUUUCAGUCUAGACUAGUAGAAAACACAGCCAUCCUUUAAAGUGCAUGAACAUUAAUAAAACUGCUUCAGUCUAGACUAGUAGAAAACACAGCCAUUAUUUAAAGUGGAUGAACAUUAAUACAACUGCUUCAGUCUAGACUAGUAGAAAACACAGCCAUCCUUUAAAGUGCAUGAACAUUAAUAAAACUGCUUCAGUCUAGACCAGUAGAAAACACAGCCAUCCUUUAAAGUGGAUGAACAUUAAUACAACUGCUUCAGUCUAGACUAGUAGAAAACACAGCCAUCCUUUAAAGUGCAUGAACAUUAAUAAAACUGCUUCAGUCUAGACUAGUAGAAAACACAGCCAUCCUUUAAAGUGCAUGAACAUGAAUAAAACUGCUUCAGUCUAGACCAGUAGAAAACACAGCCAUUCUUUAAAGUGGAUGAACAUUAAUACAACUGCUUCAGUCUAGACUAGCAGAAAACACAGCCAUUCUUUAAAGUGCAUGAACAUUAAUAAAACUGCUUCAGUCUAGACUAG